ACUACAUUGCAAGUUGUCACGAAGUGAGAGAGCAGAUUUUAAUUUCUAUUUUGAAAAGGGAAAAAAUUAUUAAGUUCGAAUUUUAUUAAUUAUUAAGAUAUAAUUAAAUUAAUUUCGGGUUUCAUUUUAAUUGUAGUGAAAAGAGAGAGUUAUGGAGAAAGUUAUGGAAGGAGAGAGAAAGAGAAUAAUCAAUUAUUAAUAUUAAUUAUAUAUGCAUGAUAUCUUAUUUAUCCUCUAUCUAAUAUAAUGGCUUAAGUACCGGAUCCUAUCCAUCAUAUUUGGUCUUAAAAUGAGUUACAUUACUUAAAUGGUCUUAUGCGAAAGUUAGAAAAGUUUGGUGACCCGUUGGGAACUUUCUAUCCCGUCAAUCUCCCUCGGGGUGCGGCCACUCGACAGUCGACAGACACAGACAGACAGACACACAGCCGGUCGGAAACGCUGAAUCCGGUAGCCGAAUCCCAUUCCGACGGUGUUCAUUGCGCUUCCGUUUACCGUAAAGAUGCAGAGCAAUAAGAAGAAGAACUUCAGGAAGAGGACUUUCCCAGAAAUGACGAAUCCGGAGACCGGCAACCUAACUAUCCCAACUCCAGCUUAUCAGACGACGAAGAAGAACGCAGAGGUCAAAUUCCUUCAGAAACAGCGGGAGAGGAAAUUCGGAAUCCCUGCACUUCCCGCUUCACAAUCUGGGUCAUCACUGGCCAAGAAACUAACUGACAAGAACGAUGCUGUGGCGGCGGCAGCUGGCGGUGGUGGCGCCACUGCAGGAGAGGGGGAAAAGGAGGAGCUCGUCCUUCAAGACACCUUUGCUCAAGAAAUUGCAGUCAUGGUCGAAGAUCCUAACAUGUUGAAGUAUGUUGAGCAGGAAUUAGCUAAGAAGAGAGGCAAGAACCUGGACUUGGAUGGUCAAGUUGAGAAUGAAUUAACUCGUGCUGAGGAUGAAUUGUACAAAGUCCCUGAGCAUCUUUCAAAUGACGUUGUUUUACUCGUCAUGACUUUUGAACAUCUCCUUGAAUGGCUUGUCAGGUUAAAAGGCGUAACUCAGAAGAGAGCUCUACCCAAUGGACUACAAGAAUUGCAGAAAAUUCAGUUGCCUAUCGAAUACAAGUUGAAGAACAUCGAAGAAACUGAGGCGGCAAAGAAGCUGUUACAGGAAAAGAGGUUAAUGGGUCGGACCAAAACUUCUGACCUUAAUAUCCCAUCUAGUUAUAGUGCAGAUUAUUUCCAGCGUGGGAGGGAUUAUGCUGAGAAACUUCGAAGAGAACAUCCAGAACUGUACAAGGACGGGAAGACGAAUGGUGAUGGUGGUGCAGGCGGCGUACCUAAGCCUGCAGCAGAUAGCAGUAAUCCAGAAGCAGGAGGAGCAGCAGCUCGCAGGGAAGCUGCAACGGAUCAGUUCAUGUUAGAACGUUUCCAGAAGCGUGAGCGUAAUCGUGUCAUGCGGAGAUAGAGGCCUCUCUCUGCUAUGCCUCUUUUCCCUUUUGAAGGACGAGAUUGGUUUUUUUUUUUGCCUGGUUUACUAUUUACUGAGAGAUGCAGACCACAUGAAGAUUGGCAUUGUAUUGUGAUGAUUCAGCAUGUUACUGAGAGAUGCAAUGUGAUGUUGCCAAAUCCUGUGUUUACCGGGGAUUUGCCCAAAAAGUGAAUGGCUGACCAUCUCAAAAGCUCAAAAUCUUGCUACUUUCCAUCUUAGUAACUACGACAUUAGGAACAAAACUUAUAUUGCCAA